AUGCGGGAACGUAUCAUUGCAGAUUUUUGUAUAGACCGGAAAGAGGUCCCUCCGAUGACCAACCGAAAAGGUAUUCGUCCCGUCCGGAAGCGAUUCAACCAUUUAGAAGGGCCAAACCAAAAGGAUGUGGAAACACCAUACCAUUCCAUCACUGUCAGAAUCAACUCUACUAGACAAAACAAGAUAUCUCAGGUCCUCCCGCAUGUUCUUCUGUACGCUCCCGGUGGCUGGCGGCGUUGCGCUGGAGAGUCGGGCGGGGUUGAGGAGGGAAUGUUGGGGAAUGUGAAGAGAGACUUUGAUGGGAUUGGUAUCUACGGAGGGUUCGAGCGGUCUGGGGUGAUGGUGGAGGAACACCAGAAGCUGGCGGGAACUGGUACUGAGAUAAGCUUUUCUGGCUCAUUCUUGCUGUGGCUUCGAAGCGGACAAUAA